GCAGCUGAGGUGAGACACAAAGACUUUAUACCAUUCUCCCCGAGCUUCAUUAAUCAUCACUUCUUCAUUCAAUCAUUUUACGACUCAUAACAUCUGUAUAUAAAUAAUAACAUAACAUCUGUAAUUGAAGUGGCUGUUUUAUUUAUAUUGGAUCGAACAAACUCAAACAUCUUUUCAUCCUGUUUCACUGUUUGUUGUCUGUUUACACAAUAUUGUGUAUUAUUUAUAUUUUAUUGUGUUUAUGUUGAAACUUUACAGAUUUACUUUGACAGAUUUUUCUCAUUUUAUUUUCAUUUUAAUGUCACAUUAUCUUAAACUCGUGUUAUCGGUCAGUCACGUUUUUAUUCUAUUUUAAGAUAAGGUUUAUUUUAAUUUUUUUAUUGUUUCAUGCUGAGUUUAUGAAAAUGCUCAUAUUUGAUAAACCUGCAGAUGAUCUUCAUAUUUUUAAGAUUAUUAGAUGAUCAAACAAUCACUGAGAGACGAAGCUCCACUGUCUCCUCGGUCGUAUUUCAGAACAUUGUCAUUUUAAUAUUAAUGUAUAACUAAUCCUUUCUCUGUCCCUGAAACGAUGAAUUCCCUAAACACUACAGCUCCCAUGAGCCUCGGCUGCUGUUGCUAUGGGGAUGACGAGGCUGUCAAUUGAGAAGACAUUGCCAUGGUUACUGAGUAGAUCUGAAACUAGAGUAUUAAUAACUUUAAUAAGCUUGAUGUGAAGCUCUGUGAUUGGCUGACUGUUCAUGAAAUGCAUCCUGGGAGUCGUAGUUUUUCGAGUAUUUACAUGUUUUGACUUUUCAGUUUCAUCCCUGUCCUCAGGUCCGAUGACGUCCUGAAACAAACCAGAUCACAUGAUGAGCUACACCUUCUCUCGUCCAAUCACCGAUCAGCAUUCUUCUCACCUGAGCUUCAGUCUGUCUCCCUCUGCUGGACCCUGUGAGGACCGCGACGUCUCUCAACCCUUCUUCGUCUACCCCUCCAGGAUGGACGCCGCUGGCCUCGGCCUCUACCGGGGUCCCCUGGGGGGCCCCGGCCCCGGGCUCCUGCCGUACCUGACCCCCUUCCACCACCAUGGACACUUCAGCGUGUACGAGUGUCCCUUCGAGCCGGCGUUCAUCCAGAAACGAAACGAGCGCGAGCGUCAGAGGGUAAAGUGCGUGAACCAGGGUUACGCCCAGCUGAGGGACCACCUGCCGGGUCAGAGCGCCGACAAACGCCUCAGCAAGGUGGAGACCCUGCGCGCCGCCAUCAGGUACAUCAAGUACCUGCAGGGACUGGUGGAGCUGGAAGAAGGGGGCCACAACGGGGACAGGUCCCCCAGCACGUCAGCCCCUGGACCAGACUGAGGGGGUCACACGUUGCUGUCGUCUGCUCUGUUCAACCAACAUCCUAGAUCCAGAACCACAAGAUCAGAACCAGACCAUGAUACAGGAACCAGAACAGAACCAGAUCGGAAUCAGACAGAUCAUGAAAGAAAAACCAGGACGAGACCAGAACCAGCUUUUCAGAGGAGGAAUUAGAUUCCUGAUCCGGUCAAGUCCUGAAACACUCCUGCAGUCACACUCACUUGUUUGCAGGGGGCGCUGUUUGACUGCAGGACUAACAGUAGAGCUCCCCCUGCUGGACAAACUAAUAUCUGAGGAGAAAAAGCUGUUGAAUGGUUUAUGACAAAU